CAUGAAUCAAGCGCGGUUUAAACCGACUGAAUUAGGGAUUUAUUACCCUGAGUUAAGGCGCUCAGUACGCCAUAGACGCUAGAUGCAGGCCUGGAAUUUAGAGCGUAUACCAUUGCCAAACUUUUCCACAUAUGUAAUUUAUACAACAGUAUCAUUGCUAGGAUCUGUAUUACAUGUAUUCUUCCAGAUGACUAAAGAUGCUAAACCUGAAGGAACAGGAAAUUCUACCACACUAAACUACCCAACACUGGCAAUAACUUGCUGUCUGGAAGACAGUUGGUGCUUCUGGAGCUUCGUAAACUUUGGAUACUGUUUGUUGAUGUAUGCUGCAAGAGAAUUGCAAAAUUUGUUUUUCGGUCAACUUCGAAGCGCUGAAGAUUCACAUAUCAGAGAAAAUUUUUCUAGUUUUAUUUUCUAUAAGGUGGUUUUUAUUUAUGGUAUUCUCCACGUGGAAGUUCUUCAUGAACUCCUACUUUGGGCAACGUGGUUUACUAUACUUGGCUUUUUGCGUCUUCUAACUGGUCUCAUCAGGGAUCGUUCUCAGUACAGUCUUCGUUGUUCUGAUUUCUCUCUUACUUAUCAAGCCCGAAUAUUUUUAUUAUGUUGUCUGCUCCUGCUUUUCAGUAACGUUCUGAUGAUUAUUUCUAUAAUCGUGGGUGCUAAGCAUUCUCUUAAUACUAUGUUCUUUAUGCUUGCGGAGGUAUUUCAACUUUUGAUUGUCACUGUGCAUGUUAUCACGUGGUAUGUAGUUUAUCUAUAUUGCGAAGUUGCCUCACGUUCUAAUGAUGACGAUAAAGUGUACCACCGUUUUGUGCUUCUUUAUUACACUGAAUUCGUUUUUGAUACGAUUGCUGAUACUGGCGAUGUAUUCCAUAACCUACAUAUGUUAUUUUGGAAUAAACUUCAAAUAAAUAUGUCAAGCAUCAUUGUUGCCUUACACCUUCAACAUUUAUACUACAAAGUGUCCAGACGUUUUGUGCAUCACAAACGCUAUAAAAACGUACUAAAGAAUUUGGAUACUCGAAUUGUUUAUUCCAAAGAAAAUUGUCCUAUUUGCUGGGAGAAAAUGCGCAAAUCCUGUCAACUCCCCUGUGGACAUAUUUUUCAUACUGCCUGUUUAUAUCUGUGGAUUGAACAAAACAAUAAUUGUCCUGUAUGCAGAAAGUGCUUUGAUGAUUUAAAUGGUCUACCUCCAAAUACAGUAACAACAAAUUUACCUACAACACAUCCCAGUUCUUUUUCUACCAGUGAAUCUUCCGAAAUAUCGAGAGGUCAAAGUAAUGGGUCUAGUUUUCACCCUUUAUCAUCCGAAACCAGUCAGAUAGGUUUCCGUUCUGAGAAUCAACCUAAUGUAAGAAAAUUGUGCGAAACAUGUAUUCCGACUACGAAAAAUUCUGGUUUCUCCGUUCGUCAAACAACGGCGGAUUCAUUACUUUCCGCAAAUAAGUUCACUUCAUCCAACGAAUCAUACUUUUCGGCAAUGGUUAGUAUGGACCGUCUGUUGGAUGUACAUGAUCAGUUGAUUGCUGAAGAUGUUGCCAAUGUUCGAACCCGUCCAAAAAAUGCAUUACCUGCAAAAUUCUUAGCUAUACUGGAAGCCGAAUUACUUCGACAUUUCCGCUUAUCUGAUAGUUCGAAUAAUUCGAAGUUAAAGUCAUCCAGAUGCAAACAACAAGAGGGCUCAUUGACUGAACAUACUGUUAAUUCACAUGCCCACGAAUCUACAUUGCUAAUAACAGAUCAGAGUCCAAUCAUUUCAUCAACUCCCGAUACAUUAUUUUCAACACUACAUUCUUCACAGAGUUCAUCAGAUUCGUCUCAUACAGACGAUGAAGACAAGGAAUUCCCACCUAAACGUGCUUUACGAUUGGCUAUUAGACGGUUGUUGCAGCGUGUCAAUCAAUCACUUUUGAUUUCAGGGAAGAUGUGUCAAUGUCAUGCACUAAAUCUUUGUACACAUAAGUCUGGUGUUUUCGAAAGAGAUAAGUUAUCAAUUCAACCUACUUCAUCGGUGGAUAAUAUAAUUUGUCAAACUCCAAAUACUUCAACACCAUUCCAUUCAUAUCCUUCUACUUUAUCUUCAUCUUCCACUCAACUUAUGAAACAUUAUCAAACAUCUUCAUUGGUUUGUAGUGAUACAUCUUGUUCACCUGAUAUAUUAUCACAUAGAAAUCGGUCUAGCUUAUUCUUAGAUCCUCAUACCUAUCAUUCGACUGAUGAACAGGUUAGUAUCAUGAAGAUAUUUUGUCUAGUAUUAUAGUAUAUGUCUAUGUAUUUAUUUUAAAAUAAUAUCAAAAUUAUAAACAGAAUUGAUCUUGAUGACCUGCUAGUCUAUAAAACUAAAUUUCAUCUUCUUUUGUGUGGUAUUCUAUAAAAAUAGUCAAUUAACGUAAAACAAUGGGACUUCUAAGCUGUAUUUUUUUCGGUUCUAGUUGAUUGAUCCAAGAAUAACAUACUUUCUAUGGAGCUUUUAAUUUAAUCGUUGUCCAAGUCUGGAAGUAAACCUUUCUUGUAUGGCCUCAAAUAUUGGUUUGCUUCUGGUUAGUCUAACUAAGUACUGAUUUACAUACUCAGUUGUAGUCUUCGUAAUUUGAAAAGGGCUGUUCAAAUUACUGUGAGGGUGAUUGUUGUUUAAACCUUCGUGUUUUAAAUCGACCAUUUAUAUCACAGAUCACCAUUCUUGAUAAAAAAUAUAUAAUAAAUUUCAAAUGCUAGUUGAUUUGGAGGAAAUGUAGAAUGUCAGUGAACGUUUUGUAACAUAACCAAUUCAUAACGAAUAAUUUUAAAAACCAAUAUCGGUUAUGAAAAGAAACAAAGUUAAGAGAGGUCCAAAUAUGUUUCAUUGUACUUUGUGACCCAACAACCAUUAUGUAUUUUAUAUUCAAACUUAAACAUCUAGGUCUUAUAGCUCUUGCAUUACUUUUGAAUUAUGGAAUUAAAAUCUGAUGAUAGACAUUUUUUAAACUCUAUAUAUAUUGUGUUUAAAAUGUUGUCAUUAGAAUUUCUCCUGCUUACUGUUUUAUAAUGGUUGUAAUAGGGAGUUCCUCACAGUCACGGAGUCCAUAAUUUUUUAUACUGAUUAGUACCAAAGUUGACCAGUAUGAAAUAAUAUUAGCUGAAGGGCUGUUACGAAUAGGCAAAUCUUGAAAUGUUUCAGAGUAUUAGCUCGAUGCUCUUCAAUGAUACGCAUUAUUGGCCUUUUUAGGGACAUUGAAGAAUGUUCUCUCCAAAUUAAGAAACGAUUGAAAUCGAUAUAUUCUGACUUUUAGGUCCUUAUUUUACCUACAAUAUGAUGUAUUAGUCAUUAGACCUGAAUUUAUCACUUCGGUAUCGGAGAUGAGCAGUCGCAUUCAUACAGUCAGUCAGUCAGUCAGUAACAACGUAGAACUUCGUACGUACGUACAUCAGUUCGAGUUGCCACACCACAUUAGCACAGAGAUGCAGUGGUCGAUUCAAAUCCCGUAGUGGUACAGGUAGCAAGAGUAUAAGCAGUAAUCGGGAAGAUUAGGGUUUGGAGAUGUUAUUUAAAGAGUAUAAUCCAGUGAAAGAAAUUUGGAAAGAGGGAAAAAGGGACAUGAAGAAUUCAGAAGAUUAGAGUUUGGGAGAACACAGAGAGUGGAUGCACCUGCGCCAUUGCGAACGAUUUUGGGCCAUGUCAUUCAGGGUCUCUAACCAUCGGUUGCUGUCAUCUCGCGGUCCCCAACCAGAUAGUCUACACCUACCAACAUGACUCAGUUCACUUGUCAGUGACUUCAUGGACUUGAGCCAUGUUUUGGUUUGGCCGCCCCUAGCUUUCUUCCAACCUACUCCUAUACCACUGAACAUAGCACGUCGAGGCAGUCGGUCGUUGGGCAUACGUAACACGUGUCCCAGCCAUCUCAACUGAUGAAGUUUCACUACGUCAUCAAUUGAUUUGCCAUCCUUACCUAGUACCCGUUUUCUAACAACUGUGUUACUUACUCGAUGGUCCCAUGAUAUACGAGCAAUGUUUCGAAGACGCCUAUGAUCGAAUACUAGUAACCUACGGAUAUCCUCUACUCUUACCGGCCAUGUUUCACUGCCAUAAAGUAGGACGGAACGAACUGCUGCACAGUAAACACGUCCUUUGGUUGAUAGACGGAUAUCUCGCCUACGCCAUAAAUGACGCAAGUUGGCAAAAGCUAGUCGAGCCUUCUGUCAUACUGUGUUUAGUUUUCAAAUAUAAUUGUUUUCUAGAUUUUACUAUUGAUGUCUAGUGUAAGUUUGUGCAGACCAUAUAUAAAGCAAAUCAACUUCUGGAAACAAUCAAAUAAGCAGCCAUCAUAACAGCUGUACUUGAAAUCCAAAUAAUUAGUUUAAUGUGACUAUCGAUUCUCACUCAUCCCUAGAUGAUGAUAAUGAUCUUGUUUGAGUUCAUUAUUAAAAUGUUUCAUUUUCAUUAUAGAAAGUAUAGUGACGUUAUUUAUCCAAAUAUAUUAUUUAUAACUGAGUAGCUUUUCUAUUUUUCGGCAGUUCGUUCUGUUAGUCUGAACAAUUUACUUUUCACUAGUUAAUCUAACUUCAAAGUGAAACCAUGAUCACAUUGACCCAUCUAGAAAAGUUUGUUGAUAAUGUGUAAUGACCUUACAUUUUUCCCUCUAUCUUUUGGUCACUUUUUUAUACAAGCAACUUGUUUUUAUUUGUUAGAGGAAUAUAUCCACAUAAUUGAAAAAAUAAUUAGAUUGCGUUUUGCAACUUUAGAUAAUCUAAAAUCUCAGAAAUAUUGAUCCCUGUUUCCACAUUCUUUAAAUCACGUAACCUAAUAAAAUCAACAAGCAGGUGGUUUUGUUUUGGGAUAUUCAGAAAAAUAUCCCAAAAAUUAUCCUGUUAAGUCUAAUGCCAUCCUUGGACUUGAAAUGGCAUCAUUUUCCUAUUGGUCAAUUUUUAUUUCGCGUGUUGUUUCCCUAUCGGUCAAUAUUUAUUUCACUUGUCAUUUUCGUGUUGGCCAAAUUUUGUACGAACGUUGUUUUCUAUUUUAUGGCACGUUGUGGUCUGUUUGAUUGGUAUAUAAACUCUGUAUGUUUGAAAUAUAAUGAUUCAUAUCGCAGAGGCUGAGACUUGUGUUCUGGACUUAACUGGCUGGGCUAGGCGGAAAGCAGGACCAAUCAGAACUCUAGACUGCUCGCACGUGUUUACGCGUCUUUGAUCCGAUUGAUAAGUCACUGCACAUUAAUUUGCAGUCACAAGUUAUAACAUUUUGUCUACAUGAAUUCAUUUUUAAUACCCUACUAUAAAGUUAGUUUUAGUAUUGCUCUUAUUCAUAAAUCUACUUCGUUAUAGUUUGAUGGUAAACAAUCUCUGUGCUAAUGUGAUAUGGUUACUGAAACUGAAACGUACGAAGUUCUACGUUUUGACUGACUGAUGGUAAACAGUCAUUAUUGAAAAUUAGUCAUCUCUGUAUUUAUAUUGUAAAAGGAAAUCAGUCUCCUUGUUUUAAAAUCAUAAGUGUUAAUUGGGACAUGCAAUCUAAAUGCAUCAAGACUUAACUGUUUUUGGAUUUAAUUAGUAAAUUGUAGUGUUAUUCUGAGAACUGUGGGUAUUAUUUGAAUUCACUGUCUUCAAAAUUCAAGCCUUGAUCACUAGGUACCUUUACAAGAUCUCAUCAAAGUAACUGGUACGAUCAUUAAUGUACUGAAAAUACGUUAAGUUUAGAAGAAGAUCCACUGAAUUUUUCAAAAGUUAGCACAUGUUCAUAUGUUUUUGUUAACUUCGAGUGGACUAAUUUACACCAAUCUUUUAGUCAAAAAUUUCAAAAAAAACCGUACAUAUGCAACAGAAAAAUUAGUGAUCGGAACGCUCCACGGAGGUGCAAUCAUUAGCUACAUCUGGUAAAUAAGGGAGUCUGCUUUGUGUUUUCCAUGUCACAAACAAUAAGAAUCUCACUGUUAGUGAACCGUUCUCUGAGGUUUGUGCCAUGUUUGUUAAUAAUUCCCAAGAGCCAAUUUGGAAUACUUACUACAGAAAAUUGACGUUUUCAACUCGUUUAUAUUUCCAUAUAUUCAGAAUUUCACAAACAGUACUAAUUUUGACGUCGGUUUUCAACCCGAUGGAUUGUCCAUUUUUCUGCUGUAACACAUUCUCAUCUUUUCAUGUAUUCAUAUUCGACUCCUAUACAUCAUGACUAGUAGGAUUUGUUUGAAAGGACCAUUAUAGCAAAUUCAUUGUAAGUUACUGACUAGGCAGGUUUACUUUUUAAUUACAUGGACCCUACGAUACAAUAACUCAUGUAGAUAGGUAUUAUGUAGUUAUCCUUCCCAUAUCUUAACGUAGGUUAUUUUGGCUUCUUCAAACCUAAUGUAUUUUUCCUGCUGUGUGUCGCUGACCAAACCUUACUGCUAAACCUUAUUUCCUAAACUUUCACAUUUUAUUUACAGUGGCUAAAUAGAUUAUUUAGUUCUAAUCCAUUUUGUUUACAAUGAAGUCACAAAAAAAUCAGAGCGGAUAGUGGAAACAGGAUAUUCUCACGUUGUAUAUGCUUCUUAUAAAAGAAUAAGUAGUGCUUCAAGACGGCAUACAAGUUAACUGAAUUCUCGUACACUAUCAUGCUUUGUAUUUGUUUGAAUACCUUCUUUACGCCGGGAAUUGUAAAUUUUGUCUUUUUUUCCAGUUGCGUGUUGAAAACGAAUGU